AUGAUGAAAAGAAAUAGUUAAAGUCGAGUACCCAAAAUUGAAAUUUAGACAGAAUUAUUGUCUAUUAAAUUAAUCUAGCAUAAUCCAAACAUUAAUUUUGACAAAUAUGAUUGGUGUCAAAAGUUUUCGGAAAUCAUACAUGCUGAUAAAUUGAAAUCUCAUAUUGCUAUUUCCAAUGACAAAGUAUCAAUUAUCAAAGGCAAAAAUAUAUAUUCUUGGGGAGUUAUCGAUAAAUCAUUCACUUUUAAAUAGGAAAAAUCAGAUAUCCUAGAUACAAUCACGAUAGAUUCAAGAUGUUUCAUUUUAGACAAGGAUAAAAAGGUUUAUAAAUCGAAUGAUAAACAGAUACUUUUUAACAAUAUCAAAGCAAUUAGAAACUUUUAAAAUGCCUUAAUACUCCUUACGGGUGAUAAUCAAUUGUUGGAUGAGAAAUAAAAUAAACUCAAAUAAAAUAUAGAAGAUGUUUAAAGUAGUAAUGAAUUCUUGGGAAUUUAAACAAAAAAUAAUAUUACUAUUGCUGGUAAGUUUCCUUUUUAAUAAAUCUUUGAAGUGAAGGCAACCAAAAUUUCUUGUGGCUUAUAACAUGUUAUGUGUCUCUCAUAAGAAGGAUAACUAUACAUUUGGGGUGAAGGUAAGUCUGGUUAAAUUGGCAACGGAUCAUUGAAGUAGUAAUAAUGGCCAUAGCUUGUUAUGACCAAUGUCUAAGACAUAGCUGCUGGCACAGAAUCUUCCACUUUAUUAAAAGGUAACAGAAUUUACUAUUGUGGAACCAAUGAAUAAAUUAACAAAUAACAUACAUUCGUCCCUUAUUAAUCAGAUAACAUCUUUAUUAGGAUCUACUCAUGUUGGAGUCAGGUUAUGGAUGUACAAUAUGCACAUUAUGUUGAUUUUGAUCAAGAACUCUAUGAAGAAUUGAAUAAGAUAGUUAAGCAAAUAGAAGAUGAUGAUUUAUUAUUGCCUGACGAAAAUCUUACUCGAUAAACAAAAGCUAUGAGCACUCAUGAAUCACAAAUGAUGAAGAAACCACUUCCACCUCAAAUAUUUGGCUAGUAAACAAAAACCUCUACUAACUCAAGUAUAAUUAAAAGCAAAAGUAAGACCCCUUAAAAAAAAUUGAAAUUUUAGUUAGAUUGA